AUGCGCUCGGUAGUCGCGCGCUCUGCGUUUGCUCCCCUCCGAGCCUUAUCAUGCCCGCGAGUCACCGAGGCGCCGUCCAUUUUCGCCGGCGGGCGGGCAGCAUGGUCGGCAAACACCUUGAGACCAUUGCAUACAGCCCCUCCGCGCAUGUCCUCCGCAACGACGGCAGAACCCUCCAAAGACUCCUCCAAUCCGGCACUAUCAUUCCCCUGUCUCGACGCGCAAGACGCUAAAUCGGCGCUUCUCUCGGCUCGAUCGCUGCAAUCCGGCCCGGAACCGUCCUAUACCACCGGCCAGCACGAACAGUUCCGCUGCAAGGACCCGCUCCUCUUGGACUGGGGCGGCGUGCUGCCCGAGUUUGAGAUUGCAUAUGAAACAUGGGGCCAGCUCAAUGCCGACAAGAGCAAUGCUAUCCUCCUGCACACGGGCCUGUCGGCCUCGAGCCACGCACACAGCACGCAGUCGAAUCCCAAGCCAGGGUGGUGGGAGAAGUUCAUUGGCCCCGGGCUCCCACUCGACACUGACAAUUACUUUGUGAUCUGCACCAACGUGCUGGGGGGAUGCUACGGCAGUACGGGUCCGUCAUCGGUGGAUCCCUCCGAUGGGAAGCGGUACGCGACGCGAUUUCCCAUCCUUACACUGGAUGAUAUGGUGCGGGCGCAGUUCCGGCUGCUUGAUACACUGGGAAUCCGCAAACUGGCGGCAAGCGUCGGGUCCAGUAUGGGUGGCAUGCAGAGUCUGGCUGCCGGCGUCUUGUUCCCAGAGCGAGUUGGCAAGAUUGCCAGUAUCAGUGGCUGCGCGCGCAGUCACCCGUAUAGCAUUGCCAUGAGGCACACGCAGCGACAGGUGCUGAUGAUGGACCCGAAGUGGGCGCGCGGCUUCUACUAUGACUCGAUCCCGCCACACUCGGGUAUGAAGCUGGCGCGCGAGAUCGCUACCGUCACCUAUCGCAGUGGACCUGAGUGGGAGCAGCGAUUUGGUAGGAGGCGCGCGGACCCUAGCAAGCAGCCUGCACUGUGUCCGGAUUUCUUGAUCGAGACUUACCUCGACCACGCGGGCGAGAAGUUCUGCUUAGAGUAUGAUCCCAAUAGUCUUUUGUACGUCUCCAAGGCCAUGGACCUGUUUGAUCUAGGCCAUGCCCAUCAGACCGAGACACGUGGCCGUCGUGCCGAAUCUGAGGCUCGUAUCGCGCGCGGUGGUAUCGCUCCCAGCGUCUCUGAUCCUGCGUGCAGCCUCACACUGCCCGAGAAACCGUAUGAAGAACAGCCCGAAGCCACAGCCUCCGUGCGGCCGCUGGACCAGCCUGCCGCUGCAUCCGAAGAACCCGCAGGAGCUCCUCGCGAUCUUGUCAAGGGCCUUGCUCCUUUGAAGAACCACCCGGUACUCGUUAUGGGUGUGGCUAGCGAUAUCCUUUUCCCAGCAUGGCAACAGCGCGAGAUCGCUGAUACCCUUCGCGCGGGUGGCAACAACCGCGUCGAACACAUUGAGCUAGGCGAGGAUAUCUCGCUCUUUGGCCAUGACACCUUCCUGCUGGAUCUGAAAAAUAUCGGCGGUGCUCUUGGCCGGUUCCUGCGGUAG